GCGGGGGGGCGGGGUGCUGUAUUUGGGGAUUUUUCGGGCUCUUCCCUUUGGGAGCCGGUGGUCUCCCUCGCUGCAGGGGGGGCGGCGUGGUCGUGGCAAACAGGUACCCGUGGCGUCCUCGACACGAGUGGCGUGGCCGGCGCUCCGCGUCGCCGCGGAAGGUAACGGCUGGACUCCAGUGCCCAGGGGUGCGCCUGGGUGCCUCUGGGCUCUGUCAGCUGCGCAGUGCUCACGGGUGCAGGAACAUGGAUUCACAGAAGGAUGUUCAGCCUCCAAAACAGCAGCCAAUGAUUUACAUUUGUGGAGAAUGUCAUACAGAAAAUGAAAUAAAGGCGAGAGAUCCUAUCAGAUGCAGAGAAUGCGGCUACAGAAUAAUGUACAAGAAAAGGACGAAAAGAUUGGUGGUUUUUGAUGCCCGAUGAUGUCUGCUGAAGAUACAGUGACUUAAUGAUGCAGUUUAAUCUGAUAACUUUGCUCUGUAAAUCUGUUUGUGUACAAAUGCACACUCUUAUUUGUCUUUUAAGAGAUUGACAUAUUAAAGUUUAUUGUGAUACUAAA